AACAUCCUUGUUUUGAAAUCAAAACAAUAUUUCGAUUUCAAUGGCGGGUAGUAUUAUAACGGGAAAUACUCAUUCGUAUCAAUUAUUACUUACAAAUUUCCAAACUGCCUUAACUAAUCCACUGAAUGACAGAUGUCUGUUUCUAACUCAGCUGCUGCAGGAUGCACAACUAAAGGAACUUCAGUAUGUGUUUCCUUCUUUAGUCGAAAACAUAUUUGGUUUUCGCACUGGAAUAGAUUGGGGUCUUCUUACACUUGACAAGGAUAUUCAAAUAAAGGAAUUUGAUAACUUCCGAAAGCUUUUAGCACCAGAUGGCCCUAUUUUAAGGAUAGCAACGAAAUUCACUGAAGAAUUUUGCCCUAAAUUUGAAUUUCCUGUAGCAUGUUUACCCAUUCCAAGUCAAACAAUGUUACAAGAAGGCAAAGUUCCUGCUUUGUAUGCAAACAAACUUCAAAUACUAAAUCCAGGUAUUUUUCCAUCAACACUGCAAUUGAAUGCUUUUGAGUUUUAUUUUUUCCAUUUCACUUAUUUCAUUGUGAAUCCAACUCUAAAGAACUCAAUGAGCAAUAUCAAUCUCCAAGAUACCCUAUAUGCUCACAUUUUAGAAGAUUAUCUCAGUUCUCUUUUGCCAACUGACAACAGAGCUGUGCCUCUUUAUCAAACACAGUCAAAUGUACAACAUUCUCCAAUACUUACAUCGUCAUUGUCAUCAAGUUAUGGCAGUAUUCAUGGUUCAUCUGAUCAUCUUCAAAUUCUCAACUCUCCUACCAUAAGCCCUGGUCGACCAGAUUUCCUUUCACCUCUUAAGCAAAAACCAAGCCUUCUUAAAAAAGGAACUGUAUUAAUGGUUGCAUCACCUAAUUCAAACUCUUCUUAUGGAUUUGGUAAUUCACCUGCUGAAAGUUGGAGAUCAGAAACAUUUGUUUUAAUUCUAAAGGAAAUGUAUUUAAAUCAGAAUUCUUUGGACCACCAAAAGAACUCCUAUGUUUUGAUGCCGAAAACAUUUAUUCCUAGCCAUUAUCAUAUUUGGAUGGUGAGAAUAAUGGUCAAGCAUCUCCAUUUCUUUUUUAACAGUACACUAUCUUCAAGUCAAUCAUCUGGACAUGGACAAAUAAUGAUUGAUAGUUUAGGUCGUUUAAAAAGCUUAGGAAUGACUCAGCUUAUCCAAAAAGAAAUGUAUUGCUUUCUGAAAUCCGUAUUUGAUCAUUGGCCUUUAGAUGCAUCUUUUCGAGUGCCUCUUGAAACUUAUUUAAGUUAUAUUCAGCCAUGGAGAUACAUUCAUUGUGAUUUGGAUCCAUCUGUGUGGCAUAAAUUUAUGUCUGAAAAUUUAUUGUUUUAUACCACAAUUUUUCAACAAGUUUUGAGACGAUUUCUUCGAAUGGAUUUAAGUUGCCCUAAAAAUGCAUAUAUGCUGUUCCGGUUGACUAAGGUAAUUUGUACAUCAGAGUUGAGAGAUAUGAUUAUGCAAGCUGAAAGAGGCUCUCUAUCAAAAUCUUCAAACUUAGGAAUAUCCUCAUAUAUUCAACAUUCCCCUGAAAAAUUCUCAUUUCAUAAAAGUUCACAACUUGAAAUGACAGGUUUUAGUUAUCUUCCUUUGUUCAGUGAACCUGUGUUUAUGCUGGUAACUCAUCUUCUUACUGCUAUUUGUGCUGCUCGAGAAAAAGCUUCCAUACAAAAUGCAACUAUUGGUAUUUCCAAUAAGGGUUUUCUAGCCAAAGUAUGUAGUUUCUUUGAGACAUCAGAUGAUGCUAUUAAUUCUGAUGACAAUAGUCCAUCUGAUAUCCGCAAGACUGCUUCUUACUUAGAAACAUCAUCCAAAGCACUCUGUGAAUUUUUCCGAGAAGUCUCACCCCCAACACUGAGUAGUCCACCAACUAAUCUUUUAGAUUCAACUUCCUCAUCAUUUAACAACAAUAGAACUGAAAUAAUGGAUAGCUCAAAAUUCCAUGAAUUAUCAACAAUUGAGCGGAUCCAACUGUUGAAAAAGGAAAAGAAACCUGUCAUAAAUUAUAACGGUAAUCCUGAUUUGCAACCUGUGCGUACAUAUGAGAAUGCUUUCUUGGUUCGCAUCUUUAAUGAAAUCUCACAACAGCUUAGUGAGAAGUAUGCAGCAGAAAUUCAACAAUUUUAUUGUCGAAAUUCACUUCUUGGGAAAAUGUGUCGUCGGAUUUUGUCAAAACCUGUGACUUAUUUUGAUGUCAAGAAAUCUAAGGAUAUGAUGUCAGUAUCUUGGAUUCCUGUUCAUCUACCACCUCGAAUUAAUUUGCGAAUUCUGGCUAACAAACACUUACUUGCCUAUUUCUUUGUAUAUCUAUUAAGCUUAUACUUAUAUGGUUUUAAUCCUAUCACCAGUAUUUUACUGCUAUUUGUACUUUUCGUUGUUCUCUGGUUUUUCUUUUCUAUAAUAUAUCCUGUGCCAAUUGAUACAAAAGAUGACUAAAAUAAUAAAAUGAGAUGAAAAAUGAUUAAACAUUUAUUUUAUUACUGUAAUAUUCUAAAAGUUAAAUAUCAUUGUGCAGCUGUA